GGUCCGUCAACGUAACCCCCAUGCUUCUUGGUGGUUUUGCCCACGGAAACUUGACGCGACAUACUUUUUUAUAUUUAGGUUUUGCCGUUUAGCAUCGUCCCACGGUCACAACCUCAGCAUUAUUUUAACAUUAAUGACGCGCGUGACGAGGCUUUGUUCGUGAAGCCCACAGCAGGAUUUCACGCAGACUCGUCGGCGUCUUCAUAUUACAGCACACGGACACGGUGCGCUAAACACGGGGAAGAGCUGCGCUAUGGCCUCCGCCGUCCCGGUUGUUCUGCUCCUGUCUGCGGCUUUAUUCACCGCAACAGUCGCCGAUGAUGACUGUAAGAGCUACAUGACCAGCAAUGGCAUAUUCAAGGGGCCCAUUGAUUGCAAUUCUUUCCAGUUCUGCUGUGGAACCUGUGAUAACCGAUAUUGUUGCUACAAUCCACUGGAGAGGUUUUCAGAGGAUGCACAAGAUUUUUGUGAUAAUGAGUUAUACGACAAUGAGAUCAGGUCUAUCGCUUUGGGCGUGUCGGUGGCAGCGAUCGUAAUCGCCAUCAUUAUCUUCACCAUCUGCUGCGUCUGUCCCUGCUGCUGUUUCUACAAAAUGUGCAGGAAACCUAGACCUAUAAUGACAACAGCAACAACUACGGUCAUAACUUCCCAAUACCCUCAACAACCCGUCAUACAGGGAGGUCAGUACCCACCAUACCAGCCUAUGCCCCCUCAGCAAGGGUACGGAGGUCAGCCGGCUUACGGAGGUCAGCCCAUGCCGACCGGACCGUAUCACCCACAGCCGUAUGCAGUGGGACCACCACCCCCAUAUCAGGAAGCUGGAGGUCCAGGAUAUCCUGUUCCUUACAGCCAGGCAGCUUUUGAUCCCGGUCAGGCUUCUUAUCCCAUACAUCCUCCGGUUCAGCCUGGUUUUACUCAACCACCCCCACCAACAGACUACAACUCAACUCAACCAGCGUACAACCCAGCCUACAUGCCACCACCAAAGACCGGUUACUAAACCACAAGCAUCUGUGACGUCUGUCUUCACCGGAUCACGGAAGUGACUCAAUUCCACAAUCAAAUCUCGGAGAAAGCGUUCUCAUCCUUUGAAAAGGAUGUUUGGAUUAAAAAUACUGACUGAGUGCUUUUUUAACUCUUGUUUUUGACUGUCUCUUUCGUUGCACACGUCACGUAAAUGUAGUUUUCUCUACUCCCCCGCCAUUUGUAGCCACAAGCCAUAUAUUUAGCACCGUUUGGUUCUUGUUCUGUUUUUCUACAUUUAGCAAAAAGGGAAAUAUUUGUUUUUUUUUCAGCCACAGAAUUGAAAACACUCCUCGUUUGUUUCUUAAGUGCCUUAAAGUUGAGGCACUCGCUUUAUUUUAUAACAAGAAUUUGCACAGACAUCGACACUUUAUAAUCGUGCUUGGUGCAUUCGAACGAUCAGGAAUGUAACGACAGCAUGCUGUUAAGCUUAACGUCAUUAAUCUGUGAAAGUCACAUAAAUUUGUUUUUAUGUACAGUCGAAGAUCCAGAAUGUGCCUUGUACGAAUGGACACGUUUAUCGUUCUUACGACAUUUUCGAAGAAACUAAAGAAUUUAUUUAUGUCUGGUUUAGAUGGUGUGCUGUUGUAACAGUUGUGAUAUUUUCGUUAAUUCGUUAAUCACAGAAAUUAUGCUUAAGCGCAAUUUGUAGCAAAUAAGGGACCCUGUUAUUAGCAAAAAACUACUUCGUUUUUUUCUUCGAAUGAGGGCGGCAGCUCAUUUAAGAAACUUCCCCUGUGACUUCUUUCCUUGAGGUUUUGAAUAGCAACAGCUUGCAAACGAUAUAAUAAAUACAGUGUGCAAGGUUAGAAAGAGGGCGAAAUUUUAAAAAGUUGUUCAACUGUCUAUUCGUGUCUUUCUUUCUAUAAUGAAAAAAAAUCCACUGAUGCUUUGUAGGUUAAGUCAUUUUUUAAGGUCCAUCAUAUUUGUUUGAUGUGGUCUGAUCUCUGUUUUGUGCAUCUCCGCGUCUGCAACAGCAAAUAAAACAGUUCUUGCGCUGAAAUGUCAAGCUGUCUCUCUUAAAACAACACUACUCACCUCUGUCAGAUUUUCCAUUGUCAAUCACAUUUGACCUAGACAGGUGUGAAAAGUUUGCAAAGGUUUUCCAGGAAGUGAGGUUUGUCAUGGGUGGGCUAAGGCUGAUGGGGAAAGUACAUGUGUUUAUAUAAAGACAAUAUGGUAGCUCAUUACAUUAAAAUUAAUUGUUUAUUAAACAUUUAAAAAAUGUGCAAUUGACCACAAACCAUUGCACUUACAAUGCA